UUCAGUUAAUUUCCUUUCCAUAUCAAACGCAUAUUUUUCACGUGUGUCAUUCAUAACUACAUCCGGAAAGAAGGAGAAAAGGCCAGCACUUAAAUACACCCGUUCAGCUUUUGUGAACUAGCUGUUAGGGAUAUUUUAAUGUGAACUGUCUUGUUUGAUAGUUAGCACGUACGCUACCGGGUUUAUAAUAGCCCUCUAUCAGAUCGAUAUAUCGCUUUAUUGGAGGUGUGUUGCAGGUAAUGCAGAGGCGGUAGCCGCAAUAAUGCGAUUAACUCAAAUGUGACCGCAAACGCACGUCAGGUCUGCGAUCUUCAUUGCAGUUGCAUAUGAGCUCACGACAGUUGUGUCGAAGUUGGAAAUACGGAAAUAACAGCCAUUUAUGAUCGACAUUAUGAUCAAUUAAUUGCAGUUGAAGUGUUAAAAAUAGCGCGCAUUGUUUUCGAAAGAUAUAUUAAAAGUAUAUCGAAGCACGCCACUAUAUCAAAAGUGGAGAUUAAUAUUUAGGUCGUGUAUGAAGAUUAGUGACCACAGCAGGAUGUCAAAGGGAUUUAUGAGCUGAGAUGCAUUAUAAAACCAAAAACAUGUUAUCCUCUAUGUCAUAAGAAUCCGUUUUGAAAGUUUCGCUGUGGAAUACUUGAUAUUUUCUGCGCUGUAAACGGCGUCGUUUGGUUUUAUUAAUAUAGAUGGUUGUGGAUUGGAAGAGCAAUCUGUCAAACUCACUUUACUGAUCAAACACACUAUAAAUCAGUCGCAUCAUCAUGUCAGGGGACAGUAGUGGUAGUGGUGAGGACUCGGACCUGGAAACCCGCAGUAAAGUGUGCACCGUGAAACAUGAGAUCACUAAUGCGAACCUCACAGGACACACUGAGAAAGUUGGCAUGGAGAACUUUGAACUUCUUAAAGUGCUAGGCACUGGAGCUUACGGGAAAGUUUUCCUGGUCAGAAAAAUCAGUGGUCAUGAUAAAGGCAAACUUUAUGCGAUGAAGGUUCUGAAGAAAGCAGCCAUCGUUCAGAAAGCAAAAACCGCCGAGCACACUCGGACAGAGCGGCAGGUACUGGAACACAUCCGCCAGUCACCCUUUCUGGUCACACUCCAUUACGCCUUUCAGACUCAAACCAAACUGCACCUUAUACUGGACUAUGUGAGUGGAGGUGAGAUGUUCACUCACCUGUACCAGCGAGAUCAUUUCUCAGAAGAUGAGGUGAGGAUCUACGUGGGAGAGAUCAUACUGGCCCUGGAGCACCUGCACAAGCUUGGCAUUGUGUACCGGGACAUUAAACUGGAGAAUAUCUUAUUGGAUAGUGAUGGUCAUGUGGUCCUGACAGACUUUGGGCUUAGUAAGGAGUUUUUGGAGAAAGAGAAAGAGAGAACAUACUCAUUCUGUGGCACUAUAGAGUACAUGGCACCAGAGAUUAUCAGAGGGAAAGCUGGCCAUGGCAAGACGGUGGAUUGGUGGAGUUUGGGGAUUCUGAUGUUUGAGCUGUUGACUGGAGCAUCUCCGUUCACUCUGGAGGGAGAGCGAAAUUCCCAGAGUGAAGUGUCCAAACGUAUCCUGCGCUGUGAGCCUCCAUUCCCUUCUAUAAUUGGACCUUUGGCACAGGACCUCUUGAGAAAGUUACUGGUGAAGGACCCUCAUAAGAGGCUGGGGUCUGGUCCCCGAGGAGCAGAGGACAUCAAGAGUCAUCCGUUCUUCAAGGGUUUAAACUGGUCUGAUCUGUCUGAGAAAAAGGUUGCGAGUCCAUUCCGACCAGAACUCCGUAAUGAAUUGGAUGUGGGAAACUUUGCAGAAGAGUUCACUGGGAUGGAGCCAGUGUAUUCCCCUGCCAGCACGCCACCUAGUACAGACCGUCUGUUUCAGGGCUACUCUUUCGUGGCUCCUUCUAUCUUGUUCAACAAGAAUGUGGUAAUGGGGGACGUCCUGGACGCUCAUGCGAAUGUUGACAGGCCCGGUUCUGCCACAGUCCAUCGUAGUGCUAUGCUGAAAGAGUCUCAGUUUUUCUUGCACUAUGAGCUGUGCCUGCAGGGGGCGCCACUUGGUGAGGGCAGUUUCUCAGUCUGCAGGAAGUGCAAACACAGGAAGAGUGGGCAGGAAUAUGCCGUAAAAAUUGUCAGCCGAAGGAUGGAGGCCAUGACUCAGAGAGAGGUGGCAGCAUUGAGACAGUGUGAAUCUCACCCGAACAUAGUCACGCUCCAUGAGGUCUAUACUGAUCAGUAUCACACAUACCUUGUCAUGGAGUUGUUACGUGGCGGUGAGCUGUUGGAGCGGAUAAGGAAGAAGAAGAUGUUUGCUGAAUGGGAGGCCAGUCAGCUAAUGAAGAGUCUUGUGUCUGCAGUUAGCUACAUGCAUGAGGCUGGAGUCGUACACCGAGACCUCAAACCAGAGAAUGUGCUGUUCGCUGAUGAAUCGGAUGACUCUGUUUUGAAGGUGAUAGAUUUUGGUUUUGCACGAUUGUUUCCAGCGGGGAGCGGCAGCGCUCCUCUGCAGACUCCCUGCUUCACCCUGCAGUACGCUGCUCCCGAGCUCUUCCACAGCUCUGGAUAUGACCAGGCGUGUGACCUCUGGAGCCUGGGGGUCAUCUUGUACACGAUGCUGUCUGGACAAGUUCCAUUCCAGAGUGAGAAAAAAGGAAUGACGUCAUCACACGCUGCUGACAUCAUGCACAAGAUCAAAGAGGGAGAUUUCUCAUUGGACGGAGAAGCCUGGAAGGGUGUGUCUGAAGAGGCCAAAGAUCUAGUGAGAGGUUUGUUAACUGUAGACCCUGAGCGACGACUGAAACUCUCUGCUUUGAAAGAGAACGCCUGGCUUCAGGGAGGGGUCAUGUCCUCUACGCCCCUCUGCACCCCUGAUGUUCUGGAGUCCAGUGGCCCGACAGUCCGUACCUAUGUCAAUGCCACCUACAAGGCAUUUAACCGUGGAAAGCGAGAGGGGUUUUUCCUUAAAAGUGUCGACAAUGCUCCACUAGCAAAACGGCGGAAAUUGAAAAUGACCAGCACUGGCUUGGAAACACGGCGCAGCUCCUCUUCAUCUUCAUCUUCAUCUUCCUCCUCUUCCUCAUCCGCUUCCCAUUCCAAGACGAAGAACUGCCAAUCUGUGGCUCCCCGCGAAGACCCCAAACUGUGACAUUUCACCUCGAAAAGACGAGCUGCAUAUACGUGGUGAGAAACUUGCAAAAGACCUACAGAAAAGACUAUCACCUUGAUAUGGCAGAUUAAGGCAACAAAUUCCACAUUAGCUAUAAAAGGGUUUGAACUUUCAUCCGGAAGUUUGUGGGUGGCGAGAUAAACAGACUGUCAUUGGAUAUUUAAGACAAGACGAGGAAAGGUGGUUUUUUAACAGUGGUGGCUUUCUAUAUACAAAAUGCCAAGGAAAUGAUCUACAUUGUAAAAAAGAGACUCUGAUGGCGUUUCCCGUGCAAUUUUAUGGGACACUGUUUUGGUUUACUCACAUUUUGAGACAUUUUAUUGAGGGUAAAAUAUAAGUGUACAACAAAGUCGCAAGUGAGCAAAGCCAUAUGUGAGAAUUAGAGUGAACUUGUAUUUUGAAUGCAUCUUAACGUUUUAAUGAUCCACUGAGCAAAGCUUUAUGUGAAUCAUGUAUAGGCUCUUUACAUUCAUGUCACUACUUUCAGAAGGUUUCUCGAUGUAUGCAUGGUUGUAGUAUUUUAAAUAUUUAGCAUUUUAAAAAACUGAGCUCUGAAGUCAGAACCACACAUCGUCUCUCAUUGAUCCACCAAUUGCAAUGCAGGGCUUUUGGAGAACUCACCAAGAAUACUGCCUCCUAUCUACAGCUUUAUGUCUCGGUCUUGAUUCCCUGAAUGAUUAUCUUUAGUAUUCAUGUGAAGUGCAUAGAGACUACUUAAUAUGGCAUCAUUAACUUACUUGACUGAUUUCAAAAGGUAUGGCUUACCUUCUGAACCGGUCGCUUUACGAACCGGCCGUUGAGUUUGCACCACCUUUAUCAGACUAUUAUCAGUGUACUUGAAAUGCUAUGCUUCUUAAAGGAAUAGUUUAUCCUAACAUGCACAUUCUGUCAUCUUCUGUCGUUCCUGACCUGUGUGACUUACUUUCCAAUGUGGAACACAAAAUUAGAUAUUUUGAAGAAUGAUGACGAAGGUUCCAUUGGUUAACGACAGUUAAUUCAUUAGAUAUCAUGAACAAAUAAUUAACAAUAUAUAAAUAUUUUUUGGCAUUUAUUAAUCUUUGUUAAAGUUGGUUAAUAAAAAUACAAUUGUUUAUUGUUAGCUUUCUGAAGGAGUGAUUUUUGGCCUCAUAGCUCUUGUAGUUUUCAUUAGAAAAACUCCAGUUCCUUUGUUUGUAGUGAUUAAUGUUUAGUUUUUAGGUGCCUUAGCAUUUUGGAUGGUUUAAGGCUCUCAUUCACGAAUACAUCGCAAUAAAUCACACACUGGUUGUGGAUGCCCAUCGCUUAGCCAUUUUCCAAGUACUUUUCGUCAUAUUUCCUGCUUUUGGCUUUAUUUCCUUUUGACUCUGUUUCUGUUGGAUGCUUUUUAACGUCAGCACCAGUUAGAAAUCGCUUCUUGACUAAUCUGUUGACCAACUGAUAUGGGUACAAAUUACUAGACCCAUGUGACGUCAUGUAAUAAGCAGUAAUUAGUUAAUAUCCCAGUCAAGUCCCCAGCAGGUGGUGGUUUUACACUCGUUCAAAAUAAAAGUUUUCCCAUGACCUCUUUGGGACCCCCUGGGCGGUCGUGACCCCCAGGUUAAGAACCACUGAACUAAUGCUAACAAAUACAACUUUCGAUUUUAAAAAAAGUAUUAGUAUAUGCUGAAAUUAUCAUAAACUAAGAAUAAUAAAUUGUGUAAAAAAUAUUGUUCAUUGUUAUUCAUGUUAAUGUUGUUAACUGAUGUAAACAAAUGGAACCUUAUUGUAAAGUGUUACCGAUGAGUUUUAUUUAGAAUUAUGUUUACUAAAAAUUUCCCUAAACACUAAGUAAAAACAGAAAGAAAAAGACAAAUAUUUUUGUAUGUUUACAUGUUGAAGACGGUGAUUCUCUGUGACGUCACAGCUUCCAAAACGCAUCGGCCAAACUAAAUAUAGCAGCCAGUGGCGAUAGUUUAAAAAUACUAAAUUUUUUUAUAUACUGGUCGCCCACUACUGUACUAUACUUUACUGUAUUGUACUGCAAUAUACUGUACUGUAUUGUUGCUCCAAUACCAACAUUUUUAUUUCAGUAUGAUACCAGCCCUGGCACCUUGCUAUCGAUACUAAAUAGAUACUAUAAUCAACAUAUAAAAAGCCUCAGCGUUUUGAUGAAAUUACACCGAAAAUGACUUGAUUAAAAGAAAAAUUAUGCAACAAAUUAUGUUUUCCUUUAAAUUUUUUCUGGAUUCCAUGUUAAAUGUUUUAAAUAAAUUGUAUGAUCAAAUGGUGUUAAAUCAAAGUGAUACAUACAGCUUUAAAGUGUGUGUGUGAGUGAGUGAGUGAGUUUGUUUGUUUGUGAGUUUUAUGUUUUUUACCAAACAUUUCACAUUUAUUUUUGGUAAAAUGAAAUUCUGAACAACAGAGCUUCACAGUAUUAAAGUCCCUGUAAAAGCAAAAUAAUAGAUUUGCUGCUUUUAGUCUAUAUUUAUUCCCAUAAGGUCAUCGAUAUGCUUGUGUAUUUCCAAAUGCUGACAAAAUUCAUUUUCAGAAGAUAGAAGCAUUUAAAGUCAGCAGGCUUGACAGACCGAGGCACAGUCAUGAUGGCACCAAGCGCCUGAUAAACUUUGUCCAAUCAAAUGCUUUUUCCAUCUUUUUCCUGGAGGUCUUGGGAAAUGAAUGUGGGUGGAACUUCCACCGGAAGUCGUCCUAUAGCAUUGCCUAGCUCUGGCUGCAGUCAUUUAAAGACCCUGUUUACAGCUGGUAAUAAGACGAGCUUCGGAUGAUCCAAUCGCAAAUGAACAGUGCUAAAUAUAGUUUUAAACGGGUUGCAAAGUGUUGUAAUUGGAUCACAAAUAAACACAUACAAAGGUACUCCAAACCACAUCACAUUUGAGGUUUAAAAUGCUGUCCUGCUGCGUCCCGGAUGCCAGCGAAGCACCACCUCUCACCAGCCAAACAAAAGUUGAAACUUGCGUAUGGAUUUAAAAGGAAUUAACUGUCCAAUUGGAAAAAUUUAAAAAGCGAUUACAAACCCAAGUAUGAGAACUUCACGACUCUUCCUCAGUGUGUCUGUCUGAUUUGAACAUGCAGGGUGACAAGAUGACAAGCACACACACAUCUGAAGCUGAACUAACACAGGUACUCCACUAAAGCAACCUAUAAUUUUGCUCAAAAUGUUGCGUUUGUGCUUCGAUUAAAUCUCAACUGCUUCUGGGAGAAUCUGCGUGCCGGUUUUGUUUGCGCUUUCAUUGUCUUUAUGACUUUUUUGCAGUUUAUUAUGGUUCAGUAACACACUGACAGUGAUUGAUGUAUGUCCUUAUGAAAUCAUAAACGCUCUCCUCAAAAUCCCAACACCACGAUGAAAGAACGAAUGGACGCAACAACAGCUGUCGUUUACUUAUGCCCAUAUUUCUUGCUAAGCAUCAUGGGACGUAGGAAAAAAGUGGAUAGAACGUGAACACUCCAUUCCCCCUAGCAUGUCUCCAGCCUUAGUCCCCACAUAAAUUUUUUUUUUUCCUUGUUCGAAAAUCCGUUUCACACGGAAAUACGUCAAAAUACAGGAAUAAAGUCGGUCAUAACUUCCGUUUCAUGGCGACUUGAAUAAAAAAAAAAAAACGAAUUACCAGUGGCAUUAGGCUGCUAUGGCUGAAUCACAACAUGCUGAUAAUACCAUUGUGUUUGUGAUCUUGUUUACAGCUAACAAUAAUAAUAAUAAUAAUAAUACAACCAUUUAAUACUACAUAAUUGUUAUUAUGAGAAGUAUUGCUACUUUUUGAAUAUUACAUUUGUAUACAGUAGUUAUAUUUUUCUGCCUUUUUAAUUUCACGUUUCCAUUUGAAAUAAGUUUUCAAGUUAGCGGGACUUGUAUUUUGACAGACCUAUGACUUCCUGUUUAUACAGGUUAGUUAUAUCAAGCUUCUCAUUAAUGCUGGGAUACUCCCAUCAUGACUCUCGAGCUGAAAUCUCCGAGCAGCACCCGAGGAGUUAGUUUAAGUGUUAACCAGCGUAUAUACUCUAAACACACUGCAUGAAAAUGAAGCACCAGCAGUGUGAGUUUGUGUGAUUGUGUGUGGGAAUCCUAUGACAGAGCAGAGCGGCACCUCUUGUUCAUUCUGUAGUGUGCAGCGCUUGUGACUGUAUGAUAUUUAAUUAAAUCAUAUUCUUCUGUUUAAAGAUCACACUUCGCCAUAUCCAGAGGUUUUUAUUUUAUUUUCAAAUUGUCAGUGAUUUAAUUGCCAAUCUGUAACAUCUUAUAUCACUUUGCCAAUGUCAGCAAACUGUAAUAUUGUACCGAAGCGAGCAACAAGAUGAUAUCGUACUGUUUAGAUUUUUUUGGUAUCGCGAUACUUCGUUAGUACCGGUUAACUGCGCAACACUACUGUCCUUACCGUACUGUACUGUACUUAAUUAUACUGUACUGGACUAUAGUAUACUAUACUUUACUAUAGUUUACUGUACUGCGUUAUACUAUACUAAAAAAUAUUUAAGCCUAUUUUUACGAUUUAUGCAUUUCUAUCACAAUUUCUAUUGUUUAAUCUUUAACAAAAUAUAAUUAACAGGAUUUAAUAUAUUUAAAUUGUUUUAGUUUUGUUAAAGGUUACUCAAUGAAAUUUGCUGGAAAUGUUUUUGAAAUUGAAAUAAAAUAGGUCUUAAAUCUUAAAAAAAAAAAAAAAAAAUUAUGGAAAACAUUUGUGUAAAUUGUAUGUGCGGUGCUUAUUUCGGUCAUUUUUGGAGCUCGACAGCCUCAGUUCACUUUAUCAAAAAGGGCACUUUGGACAUUCUGCAGAAUAUCUUUUGUUUUUGUUUUCAACAUAAGAAAUGCAUACAUAAAGUCAUACAGGUUUGGAACAACAUCAGGGUGAAUAACUGGUGACAGAAUUUCCUUUUCCACUGCCUGCUCAACUCCAUUUUUCUACCCACUGUAAGGGCUGAGGUUCACAACCGCAAUCAGUCCCUCAGAUUUUUAAGGGCUUUCACAAUCACAGGCUCCUAAACCAGUCCAUGCUGUAAGCGAGCAGCCCCCUUGCACUGUGACGAGUGAGAGAAGAAACACACUGUUUCUUGUUGUUUGAUGUACAAGCAUUCAGAUGUUUUAGCAUUGAGUCUUUGCGCUGUGUAAAUCAACCAGUGCACACCUGGGAUUCAGAGCAGGUGUGUCCUGAUGGUUUUAUGAAAAUGCAAGCAGGUGUCGAGUCACAGUUAAACACCUCCAGCAUUGUUUAAUAAACAAUAAACUGGCAGGUAUGAACAAUUUAGCAGUCGAACCAGAUGUUUGGUGCUAUUUAUAUUAAAAUAAUAUAUUCAUCAUUUUUUCAGUGCCAAAAUAAUCAGUUAAUGGGGGAUAAUAUUGUCUGUCUGAUUACAUACGUGUUCAGCAGUCCUUGCACACAUGACACACUAGUCUUCUUAAUAUUUGAGUUUUAUAUGAGUUUGUUAUGCACAAGCAGUGCUUCUGUCAGCUUUUCAUUGAUGGAAACAGUUUGUGGAAAGACUGGCACCACUUCUUCACAUUCAGAUCCAUGUCUUUGGAGACUCUGAGGACUCUGAGGUGUAAUUUUGCUCUGCAUUUUUAAUAAAGUAUCUUUCUAGCACAAUUAUGCCAUGUCAUGUGAUUAAAGUUAUUUUGAGUUUGGGGUUAUUAAGCGAUGAUCUAAUGAACACACUUAUUUUACACUAUUAUUUUCAAAUGUUUUCUUGGCUUUAAAAACUGUAAUAUUUUGUAUUUAUUACUUUUUACUCUUUAUAUCUUGUAUGUUUGUUAUAGAGAUUAUUCCACAGUGUUAUGGCUUUUUGCUUAAUUUAAUUUGUUUGACUACUUUUUUUAUGUGGCAAAUGAAUUUGUCGGUAGGAACAAAUUGUCUUUAUUAGGAUCUUGUGCACUGCAUCACAAAUUAUGUUUUGUUGAAGUUAUAGAAAUGUACAUUUUUGAUAGUGAAUUGUUUUAAUAGAUAUGAUCUUAAAUCUACGGUUUUAGUGUGAGCUCACUGUCUUUUUUAUGUGGUUUGAGUUUCAGUUUGGUCUUAAUGUGCAUGUUAUGUUAUUGUAAGGGUUCUGAUUUGCAUGUUUUGAUGUUUAAUUUAGUUUUUAAUACCUUUUCUUGAUAACUUGAGUGUUGUCUUUGCCAAAAACAAAAAAACGUUUUCUAAAAAAAAAAGAGAAUCAUGGAGCAAAAUGAAACACACUGUUAUAAGAAGACAUGGGGUGCAUUGUUUUGCAUUGAGAACAUUGUUGAAUCCAAAGCAUAUAAAAUAUAACCAUAUACUUUACUCAGAUUUUAUGUGGUAUUUAUUUGUUUAUUUAUUUAUGUAUUUUUUUUUGUGCAACUUUUAUUAUGCAUUUAAUUGCGCACAGAUCGGGGCUUGAUUUUUUUUUUUUUUAAAUCAAUUAAAAUGUAUAGUGGGAUCCAAAAGGCCCCCUGUGAAAAUGCUUCCAUAGUAUUUAAAGUUUUUCUAAUUUAGUUUAUUUUUAUUAUUUUUAUUUUUGGUAUUAUUUUUAAGUUUAUUAAAGGAAUUGUUCCCCCAAAAAUGACAUUUCUAUAAUUAUUUACUCACCCAUAUGCCAUUUCAAACAAGUAUGACUUUCUUCUACAGAAGGAUGUACAAUGUGUUUUUGUUCAUACGAUGCAAGUCAGUGGGGUCCAAAACACUUAAGAUCCAGAAAUGGCUCGAGUGGUUUAAUCCAUGUAUUCUGUAGUGAUACGAUUGGUUUUGGGUGAGAAAUAGACCAAAAAUACAACUCCUUUUCACUUUAAAUUUUGAAAACUGUAGUCUCCUAUGUCAUGUUCAUGAUUCGGUUGAUGCGUGUAUGUCCUUGUUGGAGAUUAAAAGUUUUGGACCCCAUUGACUUGCAUUGUAUGGAGAAACAAACAUCAUGUGGCCUUUACAAAUCUUUGUGUUCCAAAAACAAAGAAAGUCAUUAGAGUUUAAGAAUGCAUAAGGGUGAGUAAAUUAUAAAAUUAUAAUUUUUCAGUGAGCUAUCCCUUUAAUAGCAUAACAAUGCUAUUAAAGCCCAGGCCAAUGGGGCCAAUGCCUUGAGCCGAGAGA